AAUUAGGACUCAAUUCGUGUGCGUACUGUGGGCAUGGAACCUAGCAUCCAAUACCUAUAUAUAGCUCCGGUUUCCCGGAAAAAUCAAUGCCGCUGCCUGCUGGAUUCUGUUCUAUAUUUCCAGCAGCGAUCAGGAGCGAUAGGGAGGAGAGAGAGAAAGAGAGCCGACGAACUUGAAGACUAUAUAUUGACACUCUCUCAUUAAAAGUCAUGAAAACAAAAGGCUCUUAUCAUAGCAGCGGCAGCAAAAAUUCAAGUGGUGGACCUCACCAUCUAAACGACAGCGUUUCAGUAUUGAAUUCGCCAAAAGAAUCAAUGCUUGUGAGAUACUUACGAUCAGGAAUACCAUCAGAUUUGGAUUACUCUUCUUCGCCUAAUAAGAGUCGUACGAUCGUCAAUUACCACAAGAGUGGAAGCAGCAAAGGCAGCAACUCUACCAAAUCGCCAUUGUCAACUGUUCAGAAUUUGAAGGAUGAUGUGUUGGUGAUUGAUGGAAUUUUGGUUGAAUCGACAAAUUCCGCUUCUAAAAGUUUUGAAAAGUAUCGUUUGCCGGCUAUUUCUGAUUCGUCGUUGAAUUCCGGAGGUAAUCAUUACAGAACAGAGUUUUGUAUGCCGUGCGAUAAGGAGAACAUUGAUGCCUAUCGCUAUAACCAUAAUUUUCAGCUAGCAUAUGGGCAAGAAGAGAAGCGCCAAGUCCCUAAUCAUGUCCGCAACAAAAACAAAUGGAAUUUAAUGGCUAGCGAUCCACACUACAGUCCACAGUCGAGUACAUACAGUCCACAGUCAAGCACAUAUAACAGUCCCCAGUCAAUCAGUAGCAAGUUUGUAGUUGACAGAAUGGUAACUCCUUCACCGCCCAAACAAGAAAACUCGAAGCUCAAUAAAGCUUUACAAAUCCAACCAAAGGAUGCUAGCACAGAUUGGUCUCCCUUGGAUGAUGGCAUUGCAGUGAACUUACCCUCUUCAGCUGAUAAAACUCCUUCAAGAAAAGCCAUUGAUGAUCAUAUUAACGGUGUGCUCUAUGGCCCAAAUCCAAGGAAAAGGCUCUCCUAUUUUGUUGAUAUUAGCCCCAAUUAACAAUUGUUUCAUUUCUGAGUUCCAGCAUUUAGGACAACUUACUAGCACACUCAGAACUACGACCUUACAAAUCGCAUUUUUUUGGACACAUACUCGUAUUAUUGAAAGUGUAUAUAGCAUGUGUUCUGCAGAUACAGAUUUAUCAGAGCGGAUGCGUGUGCUUCUAUAUACAUCGUCAUCUGCCUAGGAGUUAUCUUCUUUAGAUAAUAGUCUUGUUUUGGUUAUGAACUGUGAUGUAUUUGUUAGCAAGCUAGCAAUUCGCUAGCAUGUAAACACAUCUUGGUUUGUAGUAUAGUAUAUGUUCCACUACUUGUGUUUUAAACACACAUUAAUUGAUGAUCCCAUUUAUAUGAUGGAUGAUGGAUGUGCAUUGGUCUUUGGCCUGUCCUUACCUUCUGCUGGAAGCCUUUUACUUCGAUUCCUUUGUUUUCAUUUCCUCAUUUGCAUACAUUUAUACAGAUAUAUGAUAAUUUGUUUAAGCACUUGCUUAGAAUAAAUAUGAGGUUAUAACGUUUUGCGAAAUCUUUGUUAUGUAACCCAUG